GCUUGGCCUGCUCUGGCGUCGUCGGGAUCGCCUUCGAGACGUUCGGCGCCGUUUGCUGUAAGUGCGGCUCAGGGCAAGGAGGGGAGGGAUUCGGCCCCUCAUCGUCGCACCUCCUUGCCCACAUCGUCGAUGGGUACCUUGUCGUUGACUGGCCCUACGGCGUCUACGGGCGGCGCUCAUUUUCCCCCACUGGCCCGCUCCUCGGGGUGGGGGGCAAGUGCAAGCUGCGCGGCGGCUUCAGGCACUUCGUCAUCGGCGGCAGGGUCUUCGGCGGCAUCUUCGAGGCUUCCGAGGUUCGGGACUCCGUCGGCUUCGACAGGCUCAUCAGCGGCACCUCCCCCGGCUGCGGCUUCUGCGUCGACUGA